GGUUCUUGGGAAGCAGCAACAGCAGCAGCGGAAUCAGCAGCGGUGGCGCACUGAGGGGGAAGUUAUUUUUAAAUCUUUGGGCCAUGGCGGAGUCUCAGCUGGUGUGCAUGGAUGAUGAGCACGUUAACGAGAAGGUCCCGGAGUCCAAGCCAGAGUUUUACUACAGUGAGGAGCAGCGUGCGGCCCUGGAGCAGCUGCUGAGGAAUGGGGACGGAGCCUUCAAGAUGCGCCUCCAGGAGGACAACACCAAAGACUUCCUAUGCGCCCGGGAGGUCAAAGUUAUCCGCAAAACUUUCCACGAGUACGACACAGACAGCGACUCCGAGUCCGGGGAGCACGACAAGUCCAAGGGCUCCUCCAGCGCGGACUCCGGGGUCCACUCCACCUACUGGCCCCAGAUGUCCGACACAGAGGUCCCGACUCUGGACAUCGGUUGGCCCGGCAGCAGCGGCGUCUACAAGGGGGUGACCCGGGUGUCCGUGUACACCCACCCCCCCAAAGAGCAGGGACCGCACAUCAAGGCGGUGGUGAGGAGGCUCAUCCAGGAGUCACACAAGGUAGUGGCCAUCGUCAUGGACCUCCUCACGGACCUGCAGAUUCUCCAGGACCUGCUGGAUGCUUCGUCACGGCGUGGCGUGGCAGUUUACGUUGUGCUGGAGGCCAGGGGAGUGCCCCACUUUCUGGAUAUGUGCUCUCGGCUGCAGAUUAACGCGAUGCAUCUGCGGAAUCUACGUGUGCGGAUGCUAAAAGGUGCAGGGCUGGCCCUGUCCUUUGGAAAACUGCCAGGCUCCCUGUGCUCCAAAUACAUGCUGGUGGAUGGAGAGAAGGUCAUGUUUGGGUCUUACAGCUUCACUUGGAGUUCGUCCCGGCUGGACAGGAACAUGAUCACGGUGAUGUCGGGACACACUGUGGACUUCUUUGAUAACGACUUCCGAGAGCUGUACGCAGUGUCUGAGCAGGUGGACCUGUACAGAGAGUUCAACAUCACUAAGCCGCCUCUUCCUACACCAGUCAUGAAGCCAAAGAUGCAGCACAUCCGGCCUCUGCCCGUCACUACAUCUCGCUUUCAGGUAUCGGUUGGGGACUCCAGGCAGAUUGACCUGAAAGUUCCUGCGCAUAAGUACCACAAUCCCAAGUACUCGCUGGUUUUCGGGAACAGUUUGGGUCUGACGGGUUCGCUACAGGACUUGUCGACUCAGAGGGACUCGCUAGUAGGUGGGUUGAACCAGAGGAACGGUCUGCAGAACGGCUUUCUCAAUGCAAACAAGGAAAAGUUGGACCGAGCCUCCCCACAGAGUCCGGGUUCACCUACAGAGGAGGAUGGAAAAGGAGGUCAGAAGAACCAGGCAGACGGACCCAAAAAGCGCAGCUCCUUCAGGCAUUUCUUGAAAGGCAGAGGAGCCAAUCACAGUACAGACACUAUCGAGGAAGGCGUGGUCACUCCUCAGAGCCCCUCCCCCACUAUCACAGCAGACUGUAAAGUCUCAGUGGCCAACAGGGUUGCGGGAAAUGAAUCCGACGACUCGUUUCAGUUCAUUGAGAAACCAGGACCACUGAAAACCAAAAUCAAGAAGCCGUCGAAGUUCAUUCAGAGGAGCGUGUCUAUGCAGACCAUCAGCACGGCAGACGAAGACGGGUUCAAAAGUCGCCGCCGGCAUCAGAAGAGGAACUGCAUCCAAUCAUGAGAAAAAACACGAGGAUAUUCGGACACUUUAGGGUCUGGUUGUUAAACCUGCUGCAGCGGGUGAGUCUCUGUAUCGCCUCACUGCAACCAGCUGACGUUUCUUCACGAAAAAUGAGUGCAGUUUGUCCCUCUGGACACGUAUGCUGCUUCAGGCUGAGCUGAAGGUCAACACUAGAGACACGCUGCAGCUGAACUCCCUCGAGACGUUUUCGGCCAAAGUGCUCAUGGGAGAUUUUAUUGCCACUAUUAAAUGUAUUUUCUACACUUUUUUGGUAUUAAGUUAUUUUACAACUAAAGUGUUUUCAUGUUUUACACUCGUGACCUAAAGACUGAGAGAGCAGCCGAUGACUGAUCCAGGUGACAUAGAUGGAUUACAUAACACCUCUUAGGUAUUCUGGUCUCCAUGGGGACAGGAAAAGUGAUCAGACGUGGUGUUGUACCCGAGUGUAACCUUACUGAGGACCCUUGGCAACAGUGUUUAUGGGAGUGUGUUGUACAGACUGUGAAUAAUGUAUGAGGAACUGUGCGUCUGCACUUUGGGAUUUUGUUUUGAUAUGCAGGUGAAACAGGUCGGAGAAUAAAAUGUGAAUCCUUGAGAACCACUUGAGACACAAAUGAUCUGAACUGUUGCAGAAAUGGAAUAAAAACAAAAG